AUGGUUUCUCUUAAUCCAAUUCGAGUCUUAAAACAUCAAGCUGAGGAAGAAAAGUCAGAAGUUGCAAGAAUAUCUAGCUUUGUGGGGGCCAUUGCGAUAGGGGACUUGGUGAAAAGCACUUUGGGUCCUAAAGGCAUGGACAAAAUAUUAGUGUCCAGUGGCAGGAACGCUGGUCAGGUUCAAAUUACAAAUGAUGGGGCCACAAUACUUAAGGCUGUCGGUGUUGACAAUCCUGCUGCCAAAAUAUUGGUAGAUAUGUCUAGGGUUCAGGAUGAUGAAGUGGGUGAUGGAACAACAUCAGUAACAGUAUUAGCAUCUCAAUUAUUGAGAGAAGCAGAAAAACUUGUAGAGCAGAAAAUUCAUCCACAAAUAAUAAUAGCCGGAUGGCACAAAGCUGUUGAUAUAGCUCUGAAAACUUUGAACAUGUCAGCUAUGGACAACAGCAAAGAUGAAGAAAAAUUUAGAAAGGAUUUAACAAAUAUCGCUUCUACCACGCUAAGCUCCAAAAUAUUAUCGCAACACAAAAGCCACUUUAGUAAACUAGCUGUAGAUGCUAUUGUAAGAUUGAAAGGAUCUGGAAAUUUGAGAGCUGUACAAGUAAUUAAAAUUCAAGGUGGUGUUUUGGAAGAUUCAUUUUUAGAUGAAGGAUUUCUGUUGGAUAAAAAAGUAGGAUUACAACAACCUAAGAGAAUAGAAAAUGCAAAGAUAUUAAUUGCAAACACGCCUAUGGACACUGACAAAAUCAAAGUUUUUGGCUCUAAAAUUCAAGUUGAUAGAAUGGCCAAGGUUACUGAAUUAGAAUCUGCUGAAAAAGAAAAAAUGAAAGAUAAAGUUGCAAAAAUUUUAAAACACAAUGCCAAUGUUUUUAUCAACAGGCAAUUAAUUUAUAAUUAUCCUGAACAACUUUUUGCUGAUGCUGGUGUCAUGGCAAUAGAACAUGCUGAUUUUGAUGGUAUUGAGCGUUUAGCCUUGGUUACUGGUGGAGAAAUCGUUUCUACAUUUGAUCAUCCAGAACUUGUAAAAUUGGGACAUUGUGAUGUGAUUGAGCAUGUUAUGAUUGGUGAAAACACUCUUUUAAGAUUUGGCGGAGUGGCUUUGGGUGAAGCUUGCACUAUAGUUAUUCGUGGUGCGACUGAACAAAUUAUCGAUGAAGCUGAAAGAAGUAUUCAUGAUGCCUUAUGCGUUUUAGCAGCCACUGUUAAGGAACCUCGAAUUAUUUAUGGAGGAGGGGCAUCUGAAGUUCAAAUGGCUAAUGCUAUUUUAUUAGAAGCUGCUGAAACACCUGGAAAAGAAUUGGUAGCCAUGGAAUCUUUUGCUCGCGCACUUUUAUGUUUACCAACCGCGAUAGCAGAUAAUGCAGGUUAUGAUGCAGCUCAAUUAAUCAGUGAAUUAAGAGCUGCUCACUCUCAAGGUCGUCACACUUCCGGAUUGGAUAUGGAAAAGGGAGAAGUCGGAUGCAUGAAACAAUUAGGAAUCACCGAAUCUUUUGCCGUUAAACGACAAGUCCUUUUGUCGGCUGCAGAAGCUGCUGAAAUGAUUCUUCGCGUGGACAACAUCAUAAGAGCCGCUCCAAGAAAAAGAACCAAAGAUCGCGGAAUGUGCUAA